UCGCGCUUAACGCUCAAGCUACCAACAAAAGAAAUCUGCUCUGAUCCGUCUCGCCUGUCCAAAUCUCUUUUUAUAAGAAUAUCUUAGUACCCCAUGGCUACUCUUUACUGGCACUCCUUUACUCUGUUACUUCAGCCAAUGCUCUCAAAUCUACCCUUCACCGCAUACCCAUUAUUCACCUGCCGGCAACCAUGGCAGAGAUUUAUGAGGCCUGACUCUGAUAUGUGAUGGGAAUAGCUAAAAGGCCGACUCAUUCAAUUCAUCUGGAAGACUGGUUACUUCUCGAGUCCAUGCGGCAGAGGAGAAAGUUCUGAUUGCCUGAAAAAAAAAAAAAGUGCUUUUCCUCGUAAAUGUAUCUGGUUUCUUCUCAUAGUUUCUCGAGUCACGAAGCUCCAGAUUCAUGGCGCUUAUGAUUACCAACGGUGCCAAGUUACUACUUCAAACAAAGCCAGAAAAGGGAAAUCAACAUAUCAAAAGAUUAUUUCAUGCAAAUGAAGCAAAAGUCAUCAUUUUAGCUCUUCUUGUCAAAAGCAAGAGCAGUACAUGUGUGGCGAGGAAUUUGUCCUCGCGGUGCCUGUCAACGAAGAAAAGCAGUUGAUCUAGGAAGAAGAUGAAUCAGAGAGACUAGGGCGGAAUACGUGAGCAACGUGAACCCGUCAUUAUUGUAGAUAAUGGUGUUGCAGCAUCUCCAGUAUAGCAAUUGAUGCCCAAAUCACAGCAUAGAAACAAAGAAUUGGAGUGCCAAUGGACUGCAGAGACAGCAGUGAGUUACAGCUCUUGGAGGUCGCCCGAGGAGUUCGCAAGUUAACCCAGAUGAUUGAUUCAUGGUCUAAAGCACCAAAUCUCGAUACUCGAUCGAAAUACAUAGCAAAGGAUCUACUGAGAGAUUCUUUGGCACUCCAGGAGUCCUUAAUAACCAUCAGAAGGCUGCAGGAAACCUCAAGGAUGAUGUCCUUCAUGGAGCAAAAGCGUGAAUUCGGCUUCAUUAAAGAAAGACAAGUAGAGGAAGAUAACAAUGUUGAAGAAUUUGGUUCUCUAAGAUUUGGAGUAGGUAUAUAUGAUGAUAUUAUCAAUAGUAUAUCCACUAAUGGCUCUUCAAGGAAUCAUUCUGAUGAGAUGAAGAGUGCUAUUAGAGGUAAAUAUAACAAUCAAAAUCUUGUGUCUUUCAGUAAUCAUGGCAUUGCCUCUUCGAACCGGUUUAUUGAGUUCCCCACAAAUUGCAGCUUUAGCUUGACCGAAAAUUCCCAAGGCAUGACAGAUCUGACAAUGAGAGCCAAAGAUCCAAAUGUGAUUGCAAAGCUUAUGGGUUUAGAAAAAAUCCCUAUGCAAGUUGUUCAAUCAUUGAAAAAAGAACAGAAUAACGGUAAGAUGGAAAAUAUUUAUAAAGAACCUCUUGAUUAUGAGAACUUGAGGAUUCAACCAUGCCUCACCAGCGAUGAACGAAGAUCGCAUGUUAAUGGAAGUGAAGCCCCAACCAUUUUGAUCAGGAAGCCUCUGCAAUUAGCCCAUGAGAACAAAGGAGAGAAUCAUAAAAAGAAAGAAAAUCUGCCAGCUGAAUUGUAUUUAAAAAAGGAGGUUUCUGGUGAUGGGCAUAUGUUAAACAGAAUAAAAGCAAUCAAGAAAAUGGAUAAAGUUUCAAUGGAAUUGUUUCCAAAGCAUAGGAAUCAAGCUUCUGUAACUCAUAAACAGCAGAGAAAGGAACCAAUGGCUGUAGGUGUAACUAAAGGUAGAAUCUUGAGUGGUAAAGCUUCUGAAGAGAAAAGGGAUGUCCAAGUUACACUUCCACUAUUUCAAACCAAAAGAAUCAAAGAACCACUGGCUAAGGCUGAUAAAAAUCUUGCUACUGCGAAAGGUGGAGCUCAAGCUGUCUAUGUUCAAUCAAGCACAUCUAGAAAGAAUAUUUCCAUUGCUAAUGCCAAAACCAUGGCAAAGCAUUCUGGCACCUAUUUAAUGGAUGGCAAGAAGAGUGGAGAAAAGAUGUCUGGAAUAUCCAAAAACAUAAAGUCUGCAAACACAAAGUACAUUGGAGUUGGCAAAAGAAGUAGACCUACCAACAAGGCUAGUGAUUUUUACAAAAGUUUUUGCACUUCACCUAUUCACUUCCCACAACAAAUGUUAGAAGACUCUAAACUUGGCUAUGGAGAAAGCACAAGAAUGGGAUCUAAAAGCUUUUAUGAAGUUAUGCCAAAGGGUAGCAAAGUUUGCAAGCAGAGAAUAUCAGUGAAAGCAGCUAUGCCACCUUAUGAUAAAACAAAAGCUUUGAAAGAAGCGGCUGGACCUCAAAAGGACGUCAAACUGCUACUUCUAACCAGCCCAGAUUUCUUAACUGAAGCAGAAGAACUCUUUGGAUUUGAUGUUCAGGUAUAUAGAACUAAAUCCUAUCAAAACAGUAAUUUUGAAGAAUUUGAAAGCAGAAAUGCUUAUAAACUUCUAAUUGGCUGUGCUAUGGAGCUGAUAACUAGAAAAAGUUACCAACUUGAGCUCUUGAACCAUCCUAUGUGUGGAACUUAUCAACAAAGUUCAAAACUUCUGAUAUCUUUAGAACAACUAGUGGAAGAUGUCUGCAAUGGUAUGAAGGAAUUAAAUGGCUAUUACAGAACUGCUGACUUAAAAGAUGAUUUGUAUUUGAGGUUGGAAAGAGAUCUAAGGUGCAAAGAUAUGUUUCUGAAUGCUUCAUGGGAUUUUGGCUGGAUUGGUUGGGUUUGUGUGGAAGAGUUUGGGACAGUUGUAGAGCAGAUAGGAGAGCAUAUCAUUUGUGGCAUAGUUGGAGAGGUUGCUUUUGAUUUGUUGCAUUAGAAUACUUGUGUAUUUUUUUCUCUUUAUUUUUAUCAAUCUUUGUAUGGUAGAAUGAAAGUUUUGAUCCAAUAAAAUGUUAGAUUUGUGCUCUCA